GUAUGACACAUAUAACUCUCGGAGAAACAAGUUGCUCUAUUCUCGGGUGCACUCGGUGGUAAGACCAACGUUCGAAACGGAAGAACUUCGGGAGAGUGUCAACCAAGACAAAUGGUCCAAGAACGGAUUGCGCGCAUCCGUCUCUUACGUGAAACGUUCCUCACUAGCUUUAUGGCGGUUUAGUCUUUAAAUUCCCUGUGAUGAUAAAUGUCGCUUGUCCGGAUUGUCUCGGGCACGAGAUCAUGAUCACAUGAUCUUACAUCAUAGAUCAGCAUUCCUUUUCCUGGAGCGCAAGCUUGUAUUUUAGCUUGUCUUGCCCCAUCUAACUCUUCACAAUACCUACCCUGCUUGCCGUCCAGAAGAUGAGCUCGCUAAGAAACCAUAGGGUGGUCAUUGCUUCCCUCUUUCUUCCAAAUACCGCCGUCUUGGGCGACUCGACCCCUCCGACCCCUGACCAUGUCGGGACUCCUUUGCUCAAGGGUGGCCCUCCUGCUCGAUCGUCGCUGAUGGCGGGAAAGCCAGCUCCUUUGAAGAGUAUUGUAGAGGAUCUUAAGGACAAGCUGUGCUUACUUUGACUCUAUAUAGUCUAGGGCUGUUAGUCCGGCUACCACUCCUCGCGCAGAGAGUGCAAAUCCAUUCGGAAGCGGAUUUCCUGGACUGUCUGGAAGCGCGGUCGUUAAUGGUGCCGCCUCCGCCACACAAUCUCUUAUAGGUGCCGUUAGUGAUACUCUCAACGGUGCUCGCAAACACCAAACGACACAUAACAAUAUCGCGCCAUCUCGCGUUCAGCGCCGAUCAUCUCGCUCUGCUGUCAGCAGAAAUCAGUCUCGCUCACUUUCCGAAUCUCGUCAAGACACAUUUACGCACUCACAACCUUGGCACGUGGAGAGUAACUCGCACUGUAACGGCGGCCUUAAGAAUGCCAUAGACAGUGCGCACGACCGUCUGCGCAAGAAGCUCUGGGUCGGUACGCUUGGUACAAACACGGACAAGUUCAAAGAGAGCUUGAAGCGUACCAUGGAGUGGAAGCUACGAGAGGAAUACGACUCUCUUCCUGUUUGGAUUCCAGAUUCAGAGUUUGCAAGCUGCUACGACGAGUUCUGUCACCAAGUCCUCUGGCCAUGCCUCCAUUAUGCAAUCCCUGACGCCCCCAAGACAAAAUACUUCUAUGAAUCUGCUUCCUUCAAACAGUACGUGGCUGUCAACCAACGUUUCGCCGACACUAUCGUCGCAGCGUAUCAAGACGGGGACAUUAUCUGGGUCAAUGAUUACCAUCUGAUGCUCCUGCCUAAACUUCUUCGUGAAAAGCUGCCAAAUGCUACCAUCGGCUUCUUUAUGCACGUUGCUUUUCCUUCUUCGGAGAUCUUCCGUUGUCUCUCUGUGCGGGAGGAUUUGCUAUAUGGCGUCCUUGGCGCGGACCUUAUUGGGUUCCAGACGGCGAAUUUUGCACGGCACUUCAGACAGACAGUUAGUCGUAUCUUAUCUGCCGAGGCUUUGCCGAAGGGUAUUCAGUUGGAAGAUCGCUUUGUCGACGUCGGUGUAUUUCCUAUGGGUAUUGACGUUAUAGCGCUAACAGAGAAAAGAGCCAACCCCGAGGUCGCUGAAUGGGUCAAAGUUCUCCGACAAAGGUAUGCCGGAAUGAAACUCAUCGUCGGGCGUGACAAGCUCGACGAGAUUCAAGGUGUUCGCAACAAGAUCCGAGCGUUCGAAGUCUUCUUGGACAGAUAUCCUGAGUACCAAGGCAAAAUCGUCCUUAUUCAGGUCGCGCUCCAAACCACAGAAGAAAACGAGGUUCAGGGCGGUGUCGCCGACAUUGUCUCACAUAUCAAUUCCCGUUUCUCCACUCUCACCUACCAACCUGUCGUCUUCUUGCACACGCAGGAUUUGACGUUUAACCAAUAUCUUGCUCUGUUAACCGUCGCGGAUGCAUUCAUGGUGACCAGUCUGCGUGAAGGUAUGGCUUUGCGUACGCACGAGUUCGUUGAAUGUCAGGCGGAUCGUCACCGUCCACUCAUCCUCAGCGAGUUCACCGGUUCGUACAGCUAUAGCGGCUUCCGAUCAUGUAUCUCCAUCAACCCAUGGGAUAAGCGAACGACCGCCAACGCUAUCUAUCAGGCGCUCAACAUGAGCGACGAAGAAUGUCUCUCUCGAUGGGAAGACCUCCACAACCACGUCGUCACCCAAAGUGCACAAGCCUUCGUCACUUCUUUCCUGAUCCGCAACCUCCGAGCCAGUCUUGAACAUCAAGGCGAUUCUCUGACUGUCGCGGAGUUGGAUGUCACUCGAAUCAUACCGAGGUACCGGCACAGUGAGAAACGUUUGAUCCUCGUCGAUUUCGAGGGUACGAUGUGGCCUCGGGAUCCAAGGAUGCUUGUGAAAGGGACCUUCGAUCCUCCGGAAGAAGCUUUAAAGGUCUUGAACAAGCUUGCAGAAGAUCCUAAAAACGAGGUUUGGCUCUUGAGUGGCCUCCCUGUGAAAGGUGCGUUGGAGGAAAUUGCGAAACUGUGCCCUAAGGUUGGCGUUGUGGCCGAGAAUGGUUGCUUUAUCAAGACUCGUGCUACCAGAAACGGCGAGGGCACCUGGAUUAACAUGGUUGCGAAUUUCAACCUAACUUGGAAGGCACCGUGUCUAGAGAUCCUGCAAUACUUCACCGAGCGUACUCCUGGAUCUUUCAUCGAGGAGCGGGAAGCAUCAAUUGUGUGGCGGUUCUGGACCGGUCCAUCAGAUAAUUCGUCUGAUAGGCAAUGGGCACGCAGGCAAGCUGCCGAAGCUCAGAACCAUAUAUUCGAUAGUUUGGGUGAACGAUACGGCCUCCGUAUCAUACCUGGAGCAAACAGCUUCCUCGUUCUCCCUAACAACAUCUCGCGCUCUACAGCCGUCGGUGCCAUCCUCCACCCCGGUGGACCCGCACACUCUCCUCUCGGACGCGCAGCGUGGCUUUCACCAGAGGCCAUCGAAGCAGAGCAUGAUCCAGAGGUCGACUUUGUCCUGGCCAUCGGCAAAGAUGAGAAGCUGAUGAGACGGUUGAACGAGUUGGAGAAUUCUGAGACGAUCUCUACGGGUACGAACAUGGGCGUGAAAGGUACUGAUGCGAAGUGGAAGCUCAAACCUGAGGAAGUCAUGGAAGUUCUUCGUCGGUUCGCGGAAACGAAGUGAAAGGUUGUCCAGAGAUGAAAUAUAAGUGCAGCUGCUCAUUAUGAACGAAGAAUAUAGAACCGGUCUCUUUGUAUAACAAUGCUUCUGUAGACAUACGCAUGUAUCUUGGUAUCUCUGGUCGUUGUGGAAUAAAUACACACACGUUUAUACACUCAGGACUGUUAGUACCUAGAUCCUUGCAACAAUACAAUCUGUGCCACUACCCUUUCUAUGGUAUCCUUGAUACGUGGGUAGAUGUACGUUGUCAUCGUGAUCUGACGUGCAAUCCAACUCGGAACGGUG